UGGCUGAUGGUGCUGCUGGACAUGCUCGUGGUGCUCUGCGGGCAGACCGUGGCCACCCUGCUGGGCCGCUACUACUACAACUCCGACGGCAACAGCAAGUGGAUGGCCACGCUCACGCAGUUCGGCGGCUCGCCCCUGCUCGCCAUCCUCCUCCUCCUCACGGCGCGCGACCCCGUCGGCGAGCCCCGGCCGGCGGCGGCAAAGAUGGUGGCUAUCUACCUCGGGCUCGGCACUCUCAUCGGCUUCGACAACCUCAUGUACUCGUACGCGCUGCAGUACCUGCCGGUGUCCACCUUCGCACUGGUGGCCGCCACGCAGCUCGCCUUCAACUCCAUCACCUCCCGCCUCAUCAACGCACAGCGCUUCACGGCGCUCAUCGCCAACUCCGUAGUGGUGCUCACCUUCUCGGCCGCGCUGCUCGGCGUCUGCUCCUCCUCCGACGGGACCUCUGCCGCCGACCUGCCGCGCGGAAUGUACACGCUGGGCUUCGUCCUCACGCUGUCGGCCUCCGCCGUGUUCGCGCUCAUCCUGUCCCUCUUCGAGGUGACCUUCGAGAAGGCAGUCGGGGGGAGGACGCUCCGGUGGGUGCUGCGGGUGCAGAUGUGCACCAACUUCGUGGCGGCGACGGUGGCCGUGUGCGGGCUGCUGGCGUCCGGGGAGUGGCGGACGAUCCCGGGGGAGAUGGCGGCGUUCGAGGACGGGCGGGCGAGGUACGUGGCGACGAUGGUGGGGACGGCCGUGUCGUGGCAGGCCAUGUCGGUGGCAACGCUGCGGCUGAUCACCAGGGUGUCGUCGCUGUUCGCCAACGUGACGGGCACCGUGUCGCUGCCGCUGGUGCCGGUGUUCGCGGUGGUGCUCUUCGGGGACAGAAUGACGGGAAUCAAGGCCGUCGCCAUGCUCAUGGCCGUCUGGGGGUUCCUCUCCUACGUCUACCAGCACUACCUCGACGGCCGCCGCGCCGCGGCCAAUGGAGAUGAAAGCGGAGCGGCAGAGUGCUGCUUCUGCAAGGCGCGAGCGGGCGGCGAGGCCGUUUUGCUCGCUUGA